GCCGUGCGAUGCAUUCUUCCAUUUUGCACAUAGGCCCCUCAAUCGAAGCGCACUUCUCCACACCGCACCUUGUCCCCUUCGCUUCGGAAAAGCACAACUCUCCCACCAAGACCAAGGCGGCGCGACGCCGGCGGCCGUGCGUGAGUUCCGGAGGUGCGGCGGCUGUUGGAAGCCGGAAAAAAUGGCGCCCUACCUCGUCGAUGGCGCGGAGAACUCUCUGAGGCGCAUCCGCUGAUGGCCCGCGCGGCGAGGAAAGCUGCUGCGGCCGCGCCGCUCUCGCCGCCGCCAAGUUUCUCCUCUCCCUCCUCCGGCGGGCUCGUACCGCGCGCCCGCGACCUCCUCGGAAGGGCGAAAGAAGCAGCCUUGUAUGGGACGCCCCGGGAGCGCGCGCGCGGCUGUGCUCUGGCCUGCCUCGCCAAAUCCCGUGGCUUCCACGACGCGCGCAGGGCGUUCGACGGAACACCUGCAAGGAGCUUGCCGGCGUGGACGGCGAUCAUCUCCGGCUGCGCGCGCGGCGGCAGGCACGCGGACGGCAUGCGCGCGUUCGCGGAGAUGCUGGCCGGAGGCGGAGGCGGCGCGGCCGCGCCCAACGCCUUUGUCCUCGCGGGCGUCCUCCGGUGCUGCGCGGGGCUCGGCGACGUGGAGUCCGGCAGGCGCGUGCACGGGUGGAUGCUGCGGAGCGGCGUGCGCCAGGACGUGGUGCUCUGCAACGCCGUCCUCGACAUGUACGCCAAGUGCGGUCACCACGACCGCGCCAGGCGGGCGUUUGGGGCGAUGGCCGAGAAGGACGCCGUCUCCUGGAACAUCGUGCUCAGCGCGUGCCUGCAGGGCGGAGACGUUCUGGCGGCUAUGCGGCUGUUCGACGAGUCGCCGUCACAGGAUGCUUCGAGCUGGAACACCAUCAUCAGCGGCCUUAUGCGGAACGGGUGCGCAGCUGAGGCAUUGGAUCGUCUGAAGCAAAUGGUGCGAGCUGGGGUUGUGUUCAAUCACUAUACGUACUCCACAGCAUUUGCCUUGGCUGGCAUGCUGUCGUUGCUGGACCUGGGCCGGCAGCUCCAUGGUCGCCUGGUGAUGGCUGCGCUGGAGGAUGACGCAUUUGUCUGCUGCUCUCUCAUGGACAUGUACUGCAAGUGUGGUGAAAUGGAGGCUGCUCUGUUAAUCUUUGAUUGCUGGUCAUGGUUCAUAGGAGACGUAAAAUUUGCAUGGAGCACGAUGGUCGCCGGGUAUGUUCAGAAUGGCAGGGAGGAGGAAGCUAUUGAGUUCUUCCGCAGGAUGCUACGUGAAGGAGUUCCUGCGGAGCAGUUCAUUCUCACCAGUGUAGCUGCAGCGUGUGGAAAUGCAGGGAUGGUUGAGCAAGGUAGGCAAGUGCAUGGAUUUGUUGAGAAGCUGGGCCACAGAUUUGACGCACCAUUGGCAUCUGCCAUGAUUGGCAUGUAUUCGAAGUGUGGUAGCCUUGAAGAUGCUUUGAGGAUAUUCCACAGUGCUCAGGCCAAGAAUGUUGCUGUCUGGACUACAAUGUUGUGCUCCUAUGCAUCGUAUGGGCAAGGAAGAAUGGCUAUAGAGAUCUUCAAUAGAAUGAAAGCGGAAACUAUUACACCGAAUGAGGUAACCCUUGUCGCUGUUCUAUCAGCUUGUAGCCAUAGUGGAUUGGUCAGUGACGGAGAGCACUACUUUAAGCUUAUGCAAGAAGAGUAUGGAAUUGUUCCAAGCACCGAGCACUACAAUUGCAUGGUUGAUCUUUACAGUCGAGCUGGACUGCUCGACAAGGCAAAGAAUUUCAUUGAGGAAAACAACAUCCAUGAAGCUAUUGUUUGGAAGACAUUGCUGUCAGCCUGUCGACUUUACAAGCACAUGGAUUACGCAAAAUUGGCUUCUGAAAAGUUAGUUCAACUAGAACAAUGUGAUGCUGGAUCAUAUGUGCUGAUGUCAAACAUGUAUGCCACCAACAGCAAAUGGCUUGACACAUUCAAGCUAAGAAGUUUAAUGCAGGAAAGAAAAGUCAAGAAGCAGCCAGGUCAAUCUUGGAUCCAUCUGAAGAAUGCUGUGCAUACAUUUGUUGCAGGGGACGUGUCGCACCCAAGAUCGGCUGAAAUCUAUGCUUACUUGGAUAAGCUGAUGGAGAGGCUGAAGGAAAUGGGGUACACAAGUAGAACUGAUCUUGUUGUACAUGAUGUUGAGGAGGAACAGAGAGAAACAACUCUGAAGUUCCACAGUGAGAGGCUUGCCAUUGCAUUUGGGAUAAUCAGCCACCCGCUUGGGAUGCCUCUUCGGAUCUUCAAGAAUCUGCGUGUUUGCGAGGACUGCCAUGAGGCAAUCAAGUUUAUAAGCCGAGCUGCAGAUAGAGAGAUAGUUGUUCGAGACUUGUAUCGGUUUCAUCAUUUCAAGUCUGGUAGUUGUUCUUGUGAAGAUUUCUGGUGAAAGUUUUGCUCUAAUGAUUUCUGGUGACAAAUUGCGCAACUUGUAGAGAUAGCACCUGACAAAUGUUUGACUACUAGUGCGUUCCUUUAAGAUUAUCCCAUGAUCUGCAUCUUCAGCUAGCUCAAGAUACGAUUUUGCGGAGAGCUUCAGUGCACCAUCAUCGCUGAAGGGUCAGUUUUUCCCUGCUAUGUCCACUUACAUGGAUCAAAAUAUCUCUUGCCCCAAAGCUUAAUGUGCGGUUUGACAAGAUUGGAGAGAGAUGUGAUUCAUGUCGAGCUUUCCUUGCACCGAGCUAUGUCAUUGUCCCAGAUGACUCAGUUUCUUGCUACAGCUACAGGGCAUAUCUAAUUAUCUUCUCGAGCUUUCCAGCCAGAAAGAGCUUGAGAAGCAGAGAAGCGGGCAGAAACUCAAAGAAGAUGGGGUCACGAUAUGGCUGCUCACGAAACAGAGUUACUGACAAGAUUGAGGGACGUGCUCAAGAGAACCUUGUACCUUUCUGAGGAAAACCAAAAGGCAGCAGCUUUGAAGCUCUCUCUUCUGGAUGAACUGAAGCUCCUCGAUCCGUGCAUCAUCGGAGGACGCUACACUGCACUACAUUUGACUCGUGGCAGCUUAGCGUAGCACUAGCGGUUUGUCAUUUGUGUAUGAUGUAAGUAUGUAACUAGGGGUGAAUGCACUAUGAACUAUGGCCCCCCUUUCUAUACGUUGCAUGGAUGGAUCCCAGGGUUGAAGUACACGUGCGAUUAAAAUCA